AUGGAGGCCCCACGAUUCCUCAACGAGAUUUCCCCUCAAGAUCAGGCAGAUCUUUCAUGGGUUCCUGAGGGGAUGGAUCCCAAUUCGUCCUACAGGCUUGCUAUGCGUGUGGGUGCUUAUGUGAAAUUUACUGAUGAUGGUGGUCGUGAGUACUGUCAGGCAUGUAACAUUCCUAGGAUUUUAGACCAGGAUAUGACAAAUUGGAAUGGCUUGCUGAUUGACAUUGGUACAAAAAUUAAUCUAAGCUCUAAACACAAGUUAUUCAAGGCUGAGGUAGAGAGGACCACUCAUGGCAGUUUGGUUGACAUUGAAUAUGAGCAAGAUAGGAAGAAGAUGAAAUUUACCAGAAUGUUUGUUGCCUUCAAAGCCAGUGUGGAUGGUUUUUUGAAUGGUUGCAGACCUUUUCUUGGUGUGGACUCCACCCAUUUGACUGGGAAAUGGAAGGGUCAACUUGCAUCUGCGACUGCUAUUGAUGGGAACAAUUGGAUGUUUUUAGUGUGUUAUGGUGUGUUUGGAUCAGAGACAACUGAAAAUUGGGCUUGGUUUUUUAGUAGACUUCAUCAAGCUAUUGGAUCACCUCCAGGCCUAGUGAUAUCAACUGAUGUAGGCAAGGGAAUUGAUUCUGCUGUUACUAAAGUCUUCAAAAGUGGGGUUGAGCAUAGAGAGUGCAUGAGGCACUUAGUUGCAAACUUCCAAAAGCGAUUUCGAGGCGAGGUCUUUGAGAAGCACUUGUGGCCAGCAUGUAGGGCUUUUUAA